AAUGGGACCACCCCUGAGCUCAACCCAAUACAUCAAAAAAAGAUUUUAUUGGCUGAGUAAUCGAUGAACAUACAUAAAAAAAAACAUACAUACAGACGAAUUGAGAACCUCCUCCUUUUUUGUCGGUUAAAAAGAGGGUCUUAAUAAUCUGGAAUUUAUAGUUAUGUGUGUGUCGAAGCAAUAAAUCAAUGCAUAAUGUUUAAGUAUAGUUAAAUUAUGGUUAAAUGGUCCCUGCAAUAUUUUUAGAUUUACUAAUGUAAAGAUUUAUGAAUAAAGUUACCUACAGGGUGGAACUUUAUCAGUAAACUUCCCGAAGGCAGGUGACUCUACCCGACAAACUAAGCAACUUUCAAUAUUCCAAACAUUUUGGUUUAGUAGGUAUUUAACUUUACUAAGGAAAAGCUGGAUUUUUUUGCCAGAGUUGGUCCCAUAAUGAAAGUUGCUUGGUAUGUCGGUUAGUCACCUGCCUGCGGGAAGUUCACUGAUAAAGUUCCACACUGUAUAUGUUUAAAAAGUAGAUUCCAAUAUAUACCAAUGUUAUUGGUUUUCUUUAAAAAAAACAAUAGUUUUUUUAAACCACACACCCCAUCUCUAUCACCUGAGUUAAAAAAAUAUGAAUUAGCGUCCCGCGCAAAUUUGAAAAAUAACUCAUUAUUCGAGUCAUUCGGAAGUUCGGAACUAUUGGAACGGAAGCAAUUUCUUCUUAUAUGUGAUUGUCCCCGUAAAGUCCCUGUAAAUUGUUAAGAUUAAUUAGUGUUUGCAGGUAGAAUUACCUAAAGUUCUAUUAGACUACGAGUAGAAAGUGAUUAGAGACAGUGAAGUUUUCAGGCAUUCCCUAAACAGAAGUUUAUACCUACGUGACUUUUUAACUAAGCCUUCGGUGGUGUUUUUUUAAAGUUUGGCAAAGAAAAACUAGAAUGCCGCGUCCUAGUUUUAAAAAGUCAAUUGUGUGGGAUUUUUUUGACUUAGCACCUGACAAAAAAACAGUGUGUUGUAAAUUAUGUAAAAAAACUUUUAUUAAUCAUAAAAAUACCACAAAUUUCAAACAACACUUAAAAAGACUUCACCCAAUCCAAUUUCAACGAGAAGAAGACGAGAGGCAAGGUUAGUAUUGUUUUUAAUUUAUUUUUAAACCCGCUAAUAAGAGUGAUUUUUUGUAGGUUUCAUUAUAAUAUGUAUGUGUGUGUAUGGUAUAUUGCCAGGUAGGUUGAAAUCGGAUAGCUACAAUUCAUACCUUCAUAGUUUAUUUAGGCUGAGCAUUGAAUGCAUUAAUGCAUAAUAUAAAGAAAGUUAAGUACCUACCUAUUUCUUUCUGGUGUGCAACUAAAGCUUAAUUCUAUCCUCUAAUAAAAAGGUUUUUUUAAUAAAAAAAAUCUACAGAGCCCUUAUGAAAAAAAUUACUACGCAUCGGGUUUGUAAUAUUGUCUAAUUCCUUCAUACAAUGAUUUUUUUACAUGCCGAGGAGCCAGUUAUUGUAACUAGUGACGUGAAAUAAUUCCGAUAUACUUACCGAUAAAGCAAUCAAUCGAUUUUUUUUGUUAUCGAUUUUAAUCGAUUACCUACAUGUUUGAACAUGUAACAACAAAAAUACAGGUCAAAAUUAAUAAUUGAGCUACCUUCGAGUCUUCUGUGUAUUCCAUUCCUCAUAUAGGUACUAAUACAUGUUUUUAUUAUUUAGGUACUACGACUAAUAGUCAGAGAGACCAGGAGAUUGUUACUCCAAGUACUUCGCAUGCAACGGCAGUGCCAAUUCAAGUUGCUCAUAACGAAGAAGUAAGAGACGAUACCAGUAAUCUCCAAGAAAACCGAAGUGGUGGCGCCAAAAGGAAGAAACAGCUCCGAUUGUGUGCUGUCGACAACACUCGUGAUCUUACGGACGAGCAAAUAAGUGACAUCGAUGAAGCUGUGCUAGAUAUGAUUGUCUUGGACUAUCAACCGUUAUCAAUUGUCGAAGAUGUUGGCUUUAAAAUAUUGGUUAACAAACUUAAUAAAAAAUAUACUCUUCCUUCAAGAAGAACUUUAUCCGAAAAAUUGUUGCCAAGAUAUUAUAUGCGGAUUAAACAAGAACUGCAAAAUUCCCUUCACCAGGUAGAAUACAUCAGCGUCACCUGCGAUUAUUGGAAAGGACAAAAUAACAGAACUUAUUUGAGCAUGACUGGGCACUUCAUCCUCGAUUUUUCACUGCAGUCAAAAACUUUGGCGACUGUCGAAGUUAAAAUAUCCCACACAGGUACUAACACUGCUGCAGCGAUAACUGAAGUAUGUAACGAGUUUGACAUUUUGAGUAAGGUGGUGACUGUCGUUACCGAUAGCGCCGCCAAUAUGAAAAAGGCAAUCAAUGAUGACUUGCAAAAGCAUCAUCAUCCAUGUGUUGCCCACACGGUCAACCUCACAGUAAACGACGCCAUUGCUAGUGUAGAAGGGCUAAAAGAACUUCUGCUAAAGUGUAGAACAAUAGUCACUCACUUUAAGCAAAGUUCGGUAGCUUCCUACAAGCUGAAAGAGAAGCAAGGCGAGUUAAAUCUCACAGAGCUUGUCUUAAAACAAGAUAUUGUGACAAGGUGGAAUUCCACAUAUAUUAUGUUAGAGCGAUUACUGACUCUGAGGCAGCCCAUCUGUUUGGCACUGAUGGAACUAGACAGAGCUCCAGAAAACCUCAGUGCGGAUGAUUGGACGGUGAUCAAAGAUGUAUUGCCGAUACUGCAGCCCUUUUUACAGUUAACGGAGGAGCUAUCAGGUGACAAAUACGUAACUAUGUCGACCAUCGUUCCCCUCAUAAGAGGCUUAAGACUAGCUAUAAGGGAAGCUUCUCCUAUAUCAUUUAUAGGGCAAUCCUUACAAAUUUCUUGCGUGGAUUACGUGACUCGUCGUCUUGGUUCGAUAGAAUCCAAUAAAAUUGUGGCUAAGGCUACAUUUCUUGAUCCACGAUUCAAAAAAGCAGCAUUCGGCCAAGACGACAACGCACGUAAUGCACAGCAGUGGGUAACGGAGGAGUUAACCUCAUUACUAGCUAGGCACAAUGAGGAGGGAGCUACAGUAGAUACAGAACGGACUCACAGUUCAUUCCGUGUGCCAAAUAGGGAAAUGUCGUUAUGGUCAUUUUUUGAUGAACGGGCAUCUGAGCAAAGACCAACCCCAAUCGCAACUGCCAUUGUGAUGUUGAGGCAGUACAUGGAAACGCCCCUGUUUAACAGGAAGAAGGAUCCCAUGGAGUAUUGGAGAGACCACGAAAGAACCUUUCCGGAACUUUACAAAAUGGCAAAAAAAUACUUGUGUAUUCCUGCAACGUCAGUGCCAUCGGAGAGGCUUUUUUCAAAAGCAGGCUAUGUGCUGUCAGAACGGCGUAAUAGAUUAUCAUCAGAUAAAAUGAACGAGAUAAUUUUUCUUAAUCACAAUAUUGAAACCCAAAAAAAAUAAACCGUUAGGCUUCUUAUCCAGGCUAGGCUUGACCUAUGCCCAACAUUUUACUCUUGUUUUUUAUUUUAUUUAACGAUUUUAUUUAACUUUAACCUGCUGUUACUAUUUUGUUAACUGUAUAGUUAUACAUAGAGGUCUGUAUGGCAGUCGUAGUAGAUAGGCGCAUACUUGGUUAUUUAAUGUUAGUGUUUCAUCAUCAUCAUCAGCCAAUAAUCAUCCACUGCUGGACAUAGGCCUCUCCCAAGGAGCGCCACAACACUCGGUCCUCGGCCUUCCUCAUCCAACCACUACCCGCC